AUGGAAGAAACUAUUGUUUCAAUUUCAUUAGUUGAUGGGAGACAACCAAAAGUAUUACAUGAAAUGUAUCAAACAGCACUUAUAAGUGAAGAAUUAAAUCAUAAAAUUGAAAUAGCAUUAAAAGGAGAUGUAUAUAAAAUAAUGAAAGAAUAUGGAAAUAUUAAAUAUGAAGAAGUUCCAAUAAUAAAUAUUGGAGAUAUUGAUAAAUUAAUAAUUGGAGUAACAUUAUUAAAUGGAUUUGUUAGAAUGAAUUUUGUUGGACCAUUUAAUUUAGAAAUUGAAAAAGAAUCAAAAAAAGAAAUAGAAUAUUUAAGUAUUGAUGGAGAACAAGUAAAUAAACAUAUUGUAAAUUCAUUAUGGUUACAUACAUCAGCUAAAAUAUUUGGAAUAUUAAAAGAAAAAAAAGUUAAAUUAAUAAAUUGUUUUAUAGGAAGAGAAGCAAUGAUUCAUCAAAGAGUAUUAGAAAAUCCAGGAGAAUCAUUAGUUACAAGAAUUAUAAAAGGAUAUAAUGAAGGAAUAAAAGAAAUAGAAAAUAUUAAAGAAGAAAUUAAUAAAAUAUUAUAUGAAAGAAUAAAAGCAAAAAUCAAUAAUGAAAAAUGUAUUGGAUUAUGGGCAUCAGAACAAUAUCGAAAAGUUAAAGAAGAAAUAAAUAAAAUAAGUCAAGAAGAAAAAAUAUUUGUAGAAAUAAGUGGAGCAAUGGGAAAAAGAACAAAAUAUCAAGAAAAAGAAACAGCACAAAUAUAUGUUAAAGUCGAAAGAAAACCACAUGUAGUAAGUGAAAUUAAACGACAAAAAUGUUCAAAAAUAUUAAAAGAAACGGAAUUAGAAGAAGAUAAUGAUAUGUUAUCACAAACAGAAUAUUCAGGAGAUAUUGGAUAUACACCAUUAUCAACAUAUGAUGAAGCAUAUGUAUUACUAGUAUGUAUGAAUAGAUAUAGAAAAAAUUGUAAAAGUGAACUUAUUUUAGAAGAAGUAAUUCCAUAUUGUAAUAGAGUAUUAAGAGAUAAAAUAGAUUUUAGUACAUUUAUUAUGGGAGUAAUAUUAAAAUCAAGAUAUGAAGCAACAGUAAAACAUUUUUUAUGGAGAUCAGUUAAACAAGCAGAUGAUCUUAUUAAAAUAAUUGAAAAAGGAGAAGAAGAAAUUUCAAGUGAAGAAAGAUUAGAAAGUAUUUAUAUGACAAUGAUUCCUAAUAUUUUUUCAUUAAGAAAAGAAACAGGAAUGAGAAUGUUAUUAAUGGGAGAAUCAGGAGCAGCAAUUAAUUAUUUUUCAGGACUUAAUAUGAAAAUUGAAAUUAUAGCAGCAUAUAUUUCAAUAAAAGAAAAAGAAAAAGCAGAAGAAAUUGCAAGAGAAUUAUUAUCAGAAGGAAAUAAAGAACCAGAAUUAAAAGUAUUAAUGUAUGAAAUUACUAAAGAACCAAAAUAUCUUAUAGAAAGUUGGGAAGAAUCUAAUCAUACAUAUGUUCAUGCAGAACGUAUUCUUGGACAACAUUAUUUUAAUAAAAAAGAAUGGAAAGAAGCAAAAAAACAUUUUAAUAUUGCAUUAGAAAUUAAUCCUAUUUAUCAAAGACUUUGGUUUGCAUUAGGAAUUUGUUGUCUUCAAAUUUCAGAUAUUUCAGGAGCUAAAAAAGCAUUUUUAAAAGGAGUUAAUUUAGAUUCAGAUGAUGGACAAAGUUGGGCUAAUUUAGCAUAUGUUCAUAGUUUAGAAGGAAAUAAAAGAGAAGCACAAGUUGCAUUAAAAGAAGCAGUUAGAAAUAUUAGAACAAGUGAAGAAUUAUGGAAGAAUUUAAUUAUAAUAUCUAUUGAUAUUAAAGAUUAUAGACAAGCUAUUAGUGGAAUUGUUUCAUUAUAUGAUCUUAAUAAAAGUGCAAUUAAUCCAAAAAUAUUAUCUAUGAUGUGUGAUGUUAUUCUUCAAGAUCUUCCAAUGUUAAAUGGAGAAACAGGAAGAGCAAUGAAAGGAUUUAUGAUUCCAUUAUUAAAAAAUAUAAUCAAUGAUUUUAAAACAACAGAUCUUGUUUAUCAAGUAGCAAAAGAAGGACUUGAUUUAUUAAAUCAAUUAUGA